AGCGGGACGGACGGGCGGCCGGCGGCUCGGGGCCGCGCGCGCCGGGAACCUCGCGGGGCGGGCGGGCGCCGCACCCCGGCCUGGCCGCCUGCGCCCCGGGGAGGCCCCCUGCGCGCGACGGGACCAGCAGCAUGAGCAGCGGCUACAGCAGCCUCGAGGAGGACGCGGAGGACUUUUUCUUCACCGCCAGGACCUCCUUCUUCAGGAGAGCGCCUCCGGGCAAGUCCCGUUCGGGUCAGCCGGAUGUGGAGAAAGAGAAGGACACUCACAAUUACCUCAGCAAAGAGGAAAUCAAAGAGAAGGUCCAUAAGUACAAUUUAGCUGUCACAGACCAGUUGAAGAUGACCUUGAAGUCGAACGGGGUCUACACUGGCUUCAUUAACGUGCAGCUGGAACUCUGCAAACCCAGCCAGACCCCUCCCAACCCCGGGAGACCCCCACCCAGUGGCGGUGGCUGUAUGAACACCCUUCAUAUCAGCAGCACAAACACCGUGGGGGAAGUGAUCGAGGCCUUGCUCAGGAAGUUCCUGGUGAGCGAGAGCCCCUCCAAGUUUGCACUUUAUAAGCGAUGUCACCGGGAAGACCAAGUGUAUGCCUGCAAGCUCUCCGACCAGGAACACCCACUCUUCCUGCGUUUGGUAGCUGGACCCAGAACCGACUCGCUCAGCUUUGUUCUUCGAGAACAUGAAAUUGGAGAGUGGGAAGCCUUCAGUCUCCCGGAGCUACAGAACUUCCUGCGCAUCUUGGACAAGGAAGAAGAUGAACAGGUGCAGAGCCUGAGACGCCGCUACACCGCCUACAGGCAGAAGCUGGAGGAAGCCCUGGGCGAGGUGUGGAAGCCCGGCUAAGGCCGAGGGCCGCCCGCCUGCCUGCCCGCCUGCCAGGAAGGCACAGCUCGGACCGUGGAAGAGCAGCGUCGCCUCUCUUCGCAGAGAGCUGCUUUGGUGCCCCGCCAUGCUGGGGGCUUCCUCUUUUCUCUCUAGACACAGUUCCCAAAGCUUGGUCACACGGCAUCCUGCGCCUCACGAAUUGGCACACGGGACUCUGCGAGCUUGUUCUGUUACGGCCUGGCGACGUUACCUCUUGCAAGCUGUGAGCCUGUGGUCCUCAGGCACAGCCUGGACUGCUUGGAAGCAUGAACUCUGGGUUGAUUCCCCUUGAUUUCUUCUAGUUACUUGGAUGUGAUUUUUUUUUUUUUCUUUUCUUUUUUCUUUUGUUACGCUUCGGGGUGUGCGGAUUGACAUGCAAUCUUCGAGUACUUGUCCUGUGGUGAAACUACCUGCUUGGUUUUCUUCUGUCAGAGCAGCCUGUCCACGUGAUCUGAAAGACCCGGGAAUGCAGGCACUCUGGGGGACUGGGAAAAGAUUUUGUAACAGGUUCUACAAAGAAAGUAAAGAGCAUGUUGAGAAGGUAGAGGGGAGGCGAGAGCCCACGGUGGCUUGGGAAGGUCACGUGGCUUCUAAGCACUAGAGGAGGAAGGUACAUUUGUUUGUAAAGGAGUUAAAAGCGUUCAGGGUUGAUGUUAGGCCCAUUUUGAGACUGGUUGAUUUGCUAAUGGUAAAGUGUGGACUCAGAGCCGAUGAGCUAGGAGCUAAGCCCGAGGGAGGGGUCUGUGAACGGCAGCUGACCUGUGGCGGACAUACCCUUGACCGAGGUGGUCCGGAGUUAGGCCCCCCUGCAGCUGGGUCUGGCCUCUGUGCACCAAUUCCCCGACUCCGCUGGUGUGGAGUGGAUGGUCUCGGGGUAUAGCUUCUCUGUGUAGGUGGGGCUUGAUCAUGGCUGAUUUCUGUUAAAUGUAGUGUUUUUUUUCCCCUGCCCCCAGAGGUGGUUCUCAGCUAAAAAGGAGUUUAGGUAAGGAUGGCUGUUCCCCCUCUGCUGUUAGUUAGAAGAUGUAUCAAGUCCAGGGCUCACAGCACACUUUGUGACAAUCACUCUCUUCCCCCCUCCCCCUUUAUUCCGCCCUUCCUUUCCCCUGCCCCCCCCCCAUAGCCCCACCCCACCCCCAACCCCUCGCCAAAAUUCUUAUGGAGUAGAGGACAGGGUGCUGAUUAAAGACCCAAUCCACCACAUCCUUGCCUCUCAGAGACUUGACUAAGGGCCCCGAGGAAGGAGAGUCCACACCCAGCUGACCGCACAACAGGCGGUCAUUAUGGAGCUAUUUUAACAAAUGUGUGCGUGUUCCUUCCCAACCAAAGAAAUGGAUGUGCAAUAGAAACCUGCCUGAAGAUGGGCGCGGCCGCCUCCUUUUCCAUGGCAGCUUGUAAGUCCGAGAGCAGAGGGAACGGUGUGCUGGGCUUCCAGAGGGGCCUUACAGUUGGUCUGUUUUUAGUCUAGAUAGAUGAUGAUGUUUAUAAAUUCCCAAGGAAUUGUUAACGCGGUGACACUUAAUGGAUUCUUUUGGAAAUUCCAAGGUGCUCCAGUUCUUUGCCUUUCUAUGAACCGUGCCUUUGACUGAGUAUCUGUCCCAUUGUGGUGGCUCCUCCUGACCUGUCGGGGACCAUCAUCCUGUGGGAGGCAGAGCCACGUGUGGGUUAUGCUCCAGAAGCUCCCGAGACAAUCAGAUUUUCCAAGCUUUAGGAAGAGUUGGGAAAAAAAAAAACACAACACAAAAACAAAACAGUAGAACUAGCUAUAAAAUAUGAAUGGCACGUCUUGUUUAAUUUUGCAUGUCAUUUCUUUCCAGUGCAUCAGUGAGGUUUUAGUGACAUUGCCACCCAACGCUCUGCCUUUGUUGUUCAGGGAUGCCUUCAUGGUUUCUGAGCUGGUUUGACUGUGAGACUAUGGGUUUGUGUCGCCAGCCAGCCACCUGGUCUUCUAAUUACUCCUCCGAGGAAGCUUAGAGUUGGUGAGCGUUAGUUCUUCAGUUUAAGAGCCUGUUAGAACCUAAAAAGUAGUAGCUGAUGGCUGUCUGUGAAUUUUUUUUUCUUACUUGAAGUAGAGUGUGUGAUGCAGGAAUCCUCAUCUGUAUUCAUCCCAACCUGGCUCACCGGCACGCACCCUACACCUUGUGAAACUUUACCGUCUGCAGACCUGUCUGCGGACCUGCCGGUUCCUGGUUCCGGAAGACUGCUGUUCCCUCCCGAACACUGGCUACUGGAGCAGCGUGUUUUAUGUUUUGUUUUUGUUUUUUUAAAAGCAUCCAAGAAGGAAAAGAGCCCCGGAGGCCAAAGAUUUUUUUUUCACCACUGUUCAAACCCUCCUGUCAAACGAAACUGAGCUUCGCUGGAAUACUGUUUUCUGUUCAGAAUGUGAUGGUACCGGACCGGUGUUAAAAUGAAGGCCAGGGUGGCAGGGGGAGCAUUUGAAAUCUAGACGUUCAAAGCUAUAUUUAUAAUGUUGAUGAGUUUAAGUUUUAUUUUUAUAGGGAAGAUUUUUCUCCCCUGAAAUUGUGUCUGGAAUGGCAAAAGUGUUUCUAUUAUUAAAAAUUGAAGUUGUUAGUGGA